CGAAGAAGAAAAAGAAGGCGGCGCUCCGUAGUUUUGAUACCUCCUAGCCAACUUCCGAUUCUGGUACAACACCCAAGGAGAACGAAGCCGGGCGAAACAACGCGAAGGUAGGCUAUGGCUCGCGGGCAACAGAAGAUUCAAUCCCAGCAAAAGAACGCCAAGGCGGCGGCUGCUAAAAAGAAGGGAACGGCAGCAGACCAGAAGACUGCAGCCAAGGCAGCACUUGUCCACACCUGUCCUGUCUGCCGGACGCAGAUGCCGGAUCCGAAGACAUUCAAGCAGCACUUUGAGAGCAAGCAUCCCAAGUCCCCAAUGCCACCAGAGCUGGUUGAUGUUGAGGCUUAAACGAUCACCCACACAAUGGACCUACAGCUGGGAUACACGACUUGAACACUGCGACUGGUAUAAUGGCGUCAAGGGACAUAACACUGAGACCCCUGGACACGGGUGGGGGAAUAUUUGUGUGACGACCUAAAAUGGGGGCAGAAGCUUACCAGCUCCCCAUCUUAUGUCCAACCACUCCUGAACGUCAGACUCUAUUGAAGCACCCAUCUUACUUCUAUGAGCCCACUCUACGUACCUCCCAUAUUCCUAUGCUGCUUCCUUCACUUAAUUCCUGUUUCAAUAACAUCUAGACUAAUUUACAAGUCUGCAAGUUUCAUAACUUUUUUUGCUAUUUUUUCUCAUCUGUGUACUGCUGUCCUACGUUUGCCCCCAACUCUUUUCUAUACCUCCUCCCAUACACUCUUGUUCAGAUGUUCUUGAUCAUUUCUGCCUUCUUUGAGGAUGGUGUCAUGGUGGAAUGGAUUUGAUAUACGGUCAAGACCGAGCGUGGUUCUGCCUAUAUAAAGGCCCUGGUCGAAACAAGGCCAAAUCCUGUAUUAGUUAAAGAUCACUUUUGAUAAUCUAUGUUGUAACAAAGUGUUGCUUUUUACCAUUUCCAAUAAAUUUUGCAUUCCGCUGCUUAUUUGAUCCAUUCUGAA